AUGGCCUCUUCUCUUCGCUUGGGGAGCUCCCUGCUCCGUUCCUCUACCAGGCCUCUGGUUCAAAAAGCUGCCUACAACGGUGUCCGCUGCGCAAGCACCCAAUCUUUGAAAGAGGUCUUCGCAGCCAAGCUCCCUGGAGAGGUCGAGAAAGUUAAGAAGCUGAGAAAGGACUAUGGCUCUAAAGUCAUUGGUGAGGUCACCCUGGACCAAGUCUACGGUGGUGCUCGAGGUAUCAAAUCGCUAGUCUGGGAAGGCUCCGUACUUGAUGCGGAAGAGGGAAUCAGAUUCCGUGGAAGGACUAUUCCGGAAUGCCAGGAAGUCCUCCCCAAGGCUCCUGGCGGCGAGGAGCCUCUGCCCGAGGGCCUGUUCUGGCUUCUACUCACUGGCGAGGUUCCCAGCGAGCAGCAGGUCCGAGACCUGUCUGCCGACUGGGCUGCUCGAUCCGAUCUUCCCAAGUUCGUCGAAGAGCUCAUCGACCGCUGCCCUAGUGACAUGCACCCUAUGGCCCAGUUCUCCAUCGCCGUCGUCGCGCUCGAGCACACCUCCGAAUUUGCCAAAGCGUACGCCAAGGGCAUCAACAAGAAGGACUAUUGGACAUACACUUUUGAGGACUCGAUGAACCUCAUUGCUAAGCUGCCCACGAUUGCGGCGAAGAUCUACCGCAACGCAUACAAAGACGGCAAGGUUGCUGCUAUCCAGAAAGACAAGGACUACGGCUUCAACUUGGCCAACCAGCUCGGCUAUGGUGAUAAGCCUGAUUUUGUUGAGCUCAUGCGUCUGUACCUCACCAUCCACUCUGACCAUGAGGGUGGAAAUGUCAGUGCUCACACCACUCAUCUGGUCGGAAGCGCCUUGAGCUCUCCCAUGCUGUCCCUUGCUGCCGGUUUGAACGGUCUAGCCGGACCUCUCCACGGUUUGGCCAACCAAGAAGUCUUGAAUUGGCUCACCAAGAUGAAGGAGAGCAUCGGUGAUGAUCUCAGCGACCAGAAAAUCACUGACUAUCUCUGGGAGACCCUCAAUGCUGGCCGUGUCGUUCCUGGCUAUGGCCAUGCUGUUCUCCGCAAGACCGAUCCUCGCUACGUGUCUCAGCGCGAGUUCGCUCUCCGCAAGCUCCCGGAAGACCCUAUGUUCAAGCUGGUCAGCCAGGUUUACAAGAUCGCCCCUGGUGUCUUGACCAAGCACGGCAAGACCAAGAACCCAUACCCCAACGUAGAUGCUCACUCCGGUGUCCUCCUGCAAUACUACGGACUGACCGAAGCAAACUACUACACUGUCCUCUUUGGUGUCUCGCGUGCCCUCGGUGUCCUGCCCCAACUCAUCAUCGACCGUGCACUUGGUGCCCCCAUUGAGCGACCGAAGUCCUUCAGCACCGAAGCAUAUGCCAAACUUGUUGGUGCUACGUUGUGA